AUGACGAUCCAAACUCAUCAACCAGACGACAAACGUGCGGACUCAGCUGUCCACAGAAAUGACACAGCUUGUCAGCAGGCAGAUGGCAGUAACAGUGUAGGAAGCAAUAGGAAGUCAGGCCCCAAAAAUGUCAAGAGAACAUUCAAGGCAGAGACGGCAGAAGAAGCCAUAACAGAUUUUGAGCGUGCAAUCAGUUGGUCACAUAGACCUGUGCUCAAGUGUAAAAAGAAGAGAGCUAUAAAGGACUUCAGUCGCUGUGCUUCAGGUCAAGCUCAAACUAUUCAGUCGUCACACAAACUGAAACUGCAAGAAAAGAAUGUGCAAAACACUGAUUGUGUGGCAGUAAGCAAGGCCCCUGUUUAUGAGAAGCUUGCAACUUUGUCACAAAAACCAACAUCCAAAACUGUUCAGCGUAUUUUGAACAAAGUGGCUGUGGAAAAAGUGCUAAACACAAGCAGCCAGCAAAUACACUCAAAUGCCAGUUGUGAUGGGAAAUUUUCCAAGCACAAAGUUUUAGAAACCGAAGUCUUGGGAAAUUCCCAGAUGAAAUUGACGGCAGAGCUUGCACCAACAACGGAUUCUACACAAUCUACUAAUAAGCUUCAAACUUUUCUACACCAAGAACCUGCUCCCCGCUUACAACAGGCACUGCAGAAAGCCCAGGCAGAUGGCAGUAACAGUGUAGGAAGCAAUAGGAAGUCAGGCCCCAAAAAUGUCAAGAGAACAUUCAAGGCAGAGACGGCAGAAGAAGCCAUAACAGAUUUUGAGCGUGCAAUAGUUGGUCACAUAGACCUGUGCUCAAGUCGUAUUUUGAACAAAGUGGCUGUGGAAAAAGUGCUAAACACAAGCAGCCAGCAAAUACACUCAAAUGCCAGUUGUGAUGGGAAAUUUUCCAAGCACAAAGUUUUGCAAGAGGACCAUUUCAUGGAUGCCGCUUUAGAAACGGAAGUCGUGGAAAAUUCCCAGACGAAACUGACGGUAGAGCUUGCACCAACAACGGAUUCUACACAAUCUACUAGUACUAAUAAGCUUCAAACUUUUCUACACCAAGAACCUGCUCCCCGCUUGCAACAGGCACUGCAGAAAGUACAGGUACUGCCAGACUUGCAGUCAGGCGGUGCAGCAGGCUGGUACUGUCCACAGCUUCUGCCAUUCACAUCUUUUGCUGGACUACCACCACCACCUCCUCCUCCACCCCUACCUUCUCUUCCACCACUACCACCCUUACCUCCUCCACCCCUACCUUCUCUUCCACCACUACCACCCUUACCUCCUCCACCCCUACCUUCUCUUCCACCACUACCACCCCAAUUUCCACCUCCUACACCCCCACCUUUCCUUCCACCACUACCACCCCAUCCUCCUUCUCCAGCACUCCCACCUCCACUUAGCCAUUAUGCAUACAUUCCUUAG